AUGUCGAAUGCUGCUGAUCCCAACGCGGCUUUAUUGCCAAUUGUUUAUGAUUAUUUGAAAGAUUCGUGUAAAGACAUAGCAGAAGCUUUCCAGAAAAGAUUUAAGUUUAAAGCCAGUCAGACAUCUCCAAAGUUAAAAUCCAUUUACAAAGAUUGGUCAGGAAAAAGAAAGACUGAAGCCAUGAAUGGUCCAGUGAGUAAGAAAACCAAGAAAGAUGAAAGCUCAGAUGAUUCUAGUUCAUCAGAAGAUGAAAAACCUACAGUUAAGAAAGUAAAUGGAACAGCUUCAAAAACACCCCAAAAGAAAGUAGUCCCAGCUGCAAAUAAGACCCCAGUGAAAAGAACAAGAAAAGAAUCCAGCAGUUCAGAUACUUCCGAUGAAGAGGAUGCCAAGACAGCCUCAAAACCUCAGACUAAGGUGGCUAAAGUUACUCCCAAAGCUAAAGCCAAGAAAGACUUAGAUUCCGAGUCAGAUUCAGAAAGUAGCGAAGAUGAAUCCACUAAGGUGAAGGCAAAAGCUAAGCCAAAGCCCAAGACAGCUGCAGUCAAAGCAGCAACCAAAAAAGCUGAAUCGUCUGACAGCUCAGAUAGUAGUGAUGAAGAAGACUCGAAGCCCAAAGGAAAGACAGCUGUAGCAAAACCUGCUGCAAAAGCUACUCCAAAACCAGCAGCCAAGAAAGCAGAAUCUUCAGAUUCCUCGGAUAGCAGCAGUGAGGAUGAAAAACCUAAAACCGCAGUUAAAGCUGCCCAGAAACCAACUCCAAAACCUGCAGCCAAAAAAGCAGAAUCUUCUUCAUCUUCAGAUUCAAGUAGCGAAGAUGAAAAACUAACAGCUGUCAAAGGAACUCCAAAAAUUGCUGCAAAAGCUACUCCUAAAACAACCCCAAAAGCUACUCCUAAAAAGCCUGAGAGCUCAUCCUCUGAUUCCAGUAGUGAAGAUGAAGCCCCGAAGAAGGUAGUAAGUACUCCAAAAGCAGCUCCAGCUAAGAAAGCCACACCAAAAGUUACUCCCAAGGCAACCCCUAAAAAACAAGAAUCUUCUUCAGACAGUUCAGAUAGCAGUGAGGAUGAAAAACCUGCAAAGCCAACGCCUGGCAAAGCAAGUCUAAAGUCAACCCCCAAAAUCCCUGCUAAGGCAACCCCAAAGAAAACUGAAUCCUCCAGUUCCUCAGAUUCGUCAAGUGAAGAUGAAAAGCUUCAAAAUAAGAACAACAAUCAGAAAGCAACACCUGUGAAGCCUGCAGCAAAAGCUACUCCUAAAGCAACUCCUAAAGCAACUCCUAAAGCAAAUGCUAAAAAGGCUGAAUCCAGUAGUGAUUCAAGCUCUUCAGAAGAGGAAGAACCCAUACCCAAGAAAGCACAACCAGCAAAAGCUGCAGCAAAAGCAACUCCAAAAGUGACACCCAAAGCAAAAGCUGGGAAAGACAGUGGAACAAGUGAUUCGGACAGUGAUUCAUCAAGCGAAGAUGAAAAAGCAGGUGCUAAGAAAACUCCAGCAAAAGUAACCCCUAAAGUUGCUCCAAAACCUGCAGCUAAGACCACACCCAAAGCGACUCCCAAGAAACCAGCUGAAAGCUCCUCAGAUUCUGAUUCCAGUUCAGAAGAUGAGAAACCGAAGCCGAAAACUCCAGUGAAAACACCAACGAAAGUGCCUGUGACCCCAAAAAGUAAGAAAACUGCAAAAGAAGAUUCAAGCUCAGACUCAAGUUCAAGUGAAGAUGAUUCAAAAAUCACAGAAUCGAUUCUGAAGAAGACUAAACCAUUAGCAAAAUCAACCCCAGCUCCCUCCAGAACCCAAUCUGUUUUGAAGAAAGCUGCUGCAAAAGAUGACUCAAGUAGCUCUGAUUCUAGUUCUGAGGAUGAAGCACCCAAAGCCAAGACACCAGCUAAAUCCCCAGCUGCUAAAACGACUCCAAAACCUACUCCAAAAUCAGCAGCUAAAAAAGACUCCUCAUCAUCUUCAAGUUCAGAAUCAGAAGAAGAAACAAAAUCAAAGGUGGUAAAAACUCCAACAAAAGUAACCCCUAAGCCUGCUGCUAAGAAACCAGCGGAAAGUUCCAGCGAUUCUAGCUCUAGUGAAUCCGAAGAUGAUAAGAAGCCAUCUGCAAAAAAGACACCAGCUGCAAAGGUAACUCCUAAAGCCACACCUAAAUCUACACCUAAAUCAGCUAAAAAAGAAUCCAGUUCGGACGACUCAAGCAGUUCCGAAGAUGAAGCACCUCAAAAGAAAGCUACUCCUGCUAAAAAGCCAGCUCCCAAAACACCAGUGUCGACUAAAAAUACCCCUAAACAAACUAAAAAAGACAGUUCAAGUUCAGACUCCUCUUCAAGUGAGGAUGAAGCCCCGACUAAGAAAACCCCGAACAAAUCACAAACUAAAAGCCCUGUAAAAACCCCAAAUGGUGUUGCCAAAGCAACCCCUAAAAAAGACAGUAGUAGUUCCAGUGAUUCUUCUUCUGAGGAUGAGAAAAAACCUGCUAAACCUGCCGGGAAAACUCCUAAUGGAAAAUCCCCAGUCGUGGCCAAAGUGAAUGGGAAAGACUCAAGUUCUUCGGACAGCUCUGAUAGCGAUGCAGAACCCAGCACGAAAAAAGCUAAAGUGAAUGCUACAGCAAAUAAACAGAAUAAAAGUGUAAAUAAAAAGGAUGAGAGCUCGAGUUCAGAAGAAUCAAGUUCGGAAGAAGAGACCUCAACUCCUAAAAUACCCAAUGGUGUGAUGAAAAAGACUCCCAUUUCUAAUGGUAAGGGAAGUCAAAACGCACCGUUUCGACGGGUAAAAGCGGAAGAAGUUGAAGUAGAUCACAGACUGGCUGAUAAUUCAUUUGAAGCGAAGAAAAAUGCACGAGGAUCAUGGGGAGAGAGGGCCAAUCAUGAUUUAAAACAUACAAAAGGAAAAUCAUUCAGACAUGAAAAAACUAAGAAAAAACGUGGAAGUUACGCUGGAGGAAGUAUUGACUUCUCAGUUAAUUCUAUCAAAUUUGACGAUUAAACAUAGAAAAUAUUUAACUUUAACCUUUGCAGUGUUCUGAAGCUUGGCAGUUAUUAAGCUCUAAGCUCAACAAUUGAUCAAGUUCUGAAACAUACAAGAGUUUUGGUACUUGGCAGUUAUUGAGCUCUAAGCUCGUAAUUGAUCAAGUGAUUGAAAUGGACAAGAGUUAUGGAACUUGGCAGUUAAGCUUGAAAGUGUACAGUGUUAUUAAAACUAAAUACAAUUGUUGGACUUUGUAGAGUUAAGUGUAGUAGAGUUAUGUCAGAGUCCAGAUAUGUUCAAAGUGAGGUGAACUUAACGCUGUAAAAUAAAUUGUUUGAUAUCGUAUAAAUCAAGAGAUGAAGGAAAUAUGGUCUAGAGGUUAUUAAGAAGUUUUUUUAAACUUUGUGUAUGACAACAUAAAACCAUUUAGUGAAAUUGCAAGAACCAUGGACUGAAAAUUGGUUCAAGAUGGAAAUCAAGCCUGAUACACAUAAAAACCUCUUAACAAUCCACUUCAGGAGCUAAUCAAUAAUAGAAUAGUUGUGUUGAAGUAAAAGAGAGAUAUCCAAGGAUAUACCUGAAAUAUUUUUUACUUGACAAGUCAGAACACAAUGACAAUACAAUGUUAAAAUAGAGAAACCAGUUCAUAUAUCUAACUGGAAAGACCAUACAAUUGACACAAUGUAAAACUUUGUUGACUAUACAGUUAUUUUCUAUAUUUUAGUGUAUGAGUGUAAAUUUUAAAUUUAAUUUCUCAAUUUUUGAAUAUACAUAUAAUCAUGAUAUGACAAGAUAUUUUUGCACUUCUAGGAAUUUUUUUUAAGUUUGAAUACGCUGAUUGCUUCAUUAAUGCCAUUGAAGAAAUCAUGAACACAUGUAAGUCUAUAAGGGAUUGUCCAUGGAUGGUUUUCAAUUUCAAUUUAGACAUGUCUUCUGAAUUUUCUCAAACUUUUCUGGAGGUGCAUAUAUAUCUUAAACAGCUAUUAAUUAUCAAAUUUUGCCGAUUUUUUGGGGGAGAUAAUGUUUUUGUUAAGGUGGUUGGGUUGUUGAAGUUUUUUAGGUUUUUGUUUGUUUUCUUUACCUCAUAAUUUCAAUUCAAUAUUUAUCGUGAGUUCACAAGGUAUAGUUAUUUAAAUGGAUUAUGUGCCCUUGUUUCUUCAUAAUUAUAUAUUAAUCAUGCAUUAAAUCAUUUUAAAGAUGAGCUCCGCCUCUUUAUUCGGCUGACCUAAGGUCAUCUUAAUAAGAUGGACCUUGUACUACCUUUACAUAAAUAAACCAAGUACUAACAUCAGAAUCGCAAAACAAAACCCGAAAUCCAAAACAUUUUGGCGAAACAUAUGUAGUAGCUAAUGAUCUUUUCACAUGAGGAAGCUUCUCAAUCAUUAGAGUAAGUGUUUUAUUAAAUAUGUUUUUGUUUUUGAAAGUUUGUAAAUGCAGCAAAUUGAUUUGACUGUAUGCCAGGAAAUACAGUCAAUCAGUCUCGACAUUGCAAUUACCACUCGUGGGCUCUGAUUGGCUGUAUUGAUUAGUGUACAAUCCAAUCAAGAAUUAUAUCAAACCUCAUUGUAACUUCAUUGCCAAAUUAUCAAGGUAUGAGAAACUUUGUCUAAUACCUUGACAUCAAUAGCCACUUUUCGACAGCGAAUACAGUCAACCAGAGCCCUUGACAGUAAAUAUUAUGACUUAACAUUAACGGACAUUCUCCUGAGGCCUCUGAUUGACUGUAUUUGCUACAUACAGUCCAAUCAAAUCACUGCAUUUGCUAAUUUCUGUGACAAAAGAGAGGUGGCUAUUGCAGUAAAGGUAUAAAACAAAGUAAUACCUCCACAAUGUGAAGAUUGUUGAUGUCAGAGUAUUUAGAAUACUAACAUAUAGUAUAACAAUUUAGAUGAAUGGAUCUUGAUGAGGCUAUAGAACUGGUCCCUGUUUCUCAAAAAAUUUUAGGAUGAAAAAUUGUAACUGUAAUAUUACAUGGAGAAAUAUAACACAACAAAAUUCAAUCGUACUAUUUUUCGAGAAACAGGGGCCUGAUGACGUAACCAAUGUAGCUUGUAUUAUUGUUUCUGAAUCUGUAUAUUAUACAUUGUUUGCAAUUUGAUAACUUGUUGAUAUUUUGUACCAAUGUCUAUUGAAAUAAGUAUUGAAAUUCUGUAUAUAUAUAUAU